ACCCUGGUCCUAGAAGCACGAGUGUUUCGAGGACUUGCCCCUACAGUUUCUUUCUCUGCAGAAUCAGGAAAGAGUGGAAAAGGACUGCCACUGAAUCCCAAGAGUCAAAAUUCAUCAAAAAGAUAUCAGUUUCUGUCUGGAAGCAUAUCAAUCAAGACUGUCUGCCCUGCCUCCAAGAUGGGCUGAGCCACCAUCUGUAUGAUUAAAAUGCAGUCUUAGCUCUAAGAUAGAAUUUUUCCUGAAUAACCUGGGCCUCUUAGCAGGUGCUAAAGUAAAUCUUACAAUGAUGUAGUGGAACCAAAGGAGAGGGGCAAGCUACUAGCCACCCCAACAGCAGCUGAAUUGUCUAAAAACUUACCUUCACCCAGUUCUAACCUAUCAGUUGUGAAUCCAGGUGGGAAGGUAGCUGGCCCUGACCCCGAUGGCAGCGUGCUGUUUGCAGAUGAAGGGGUUCCGAAGUUUAUGUCAAGAAAGACUUUAGUAGAGUUUCCUCAAAAAGUUCCAUCUCCGUUCAGAAAACAGGGUUCCGAUUCAGAAGCCCCUCUGCAGAGCAGGAGCGGGCCGGGCGACUCAUCUUCAUCAUCUUCGUCAGGCUCCUCCGAUUCGGAGUCUGACGAGGAGGGUGGUGGCUCAGGAGUCAGAGGCAAAGGAGGGCCUCCAAAACCAGAGGCCUCCCAGUCCUUUAAAAAUGCAGCAUCAGGAAAAGGGAAGACCUGGUCACAGCAGCCACAGCCAGACCUCACCUCUUCAGAGAGGCCCCGCCAGGCAAAGAAGAAAGGAACCACCAUUAAGCCAUCAGAGGACGGAACAGGUGCUAAACCAAAAACUCCAACACCCAAGUCACAAGUGGGUCAAGAGCUUAUGAGGCAGAAUGUGAAGGGAAAACAGCUGCAGAAACUAUUUAGAGCACAUGAUGUAGAUAAAGAAAGCCAGAAGCCAUUUAAAAAGACCCUCCCUAGCCAUGCAAAACCAGGAUUAUCUACACAACCCACUGGUGGCCCAAGGCCCUCUCAGCUGCCAGAAGAAACCAAACAGGCAGCUCCUUCUGAGACCACAGAGAGACUUCGGGAAAAACGAGAGCUAGUACCUGGCACAGAGGUGGCUUUUUCCCUGCCCAGAAAAGAAAAUUCUAAGGCCUUUCCUGAUGACAGACCAACGGCACCGGCACCUGAGGGCCAGGGCGGAACCAUUGAAGAUGCAGCCGCGCAGGCGGAGGGCCAGGACACCACACAGGAGCCCACCCAGGCCACCACGCCCGCAGGGACCUUCGACAACACUACCUACCGGAACCUCCAGCACCAUGACUACAGCACGUACACCUUCUUAGACCUCAACCUGGACCUCACCAAGUUCCGGAUGCCUCAGCCCUCCUCAGGACGAGAGUCACCUCGCCACUGAGAGCUCAGUUUAAAAAUUAACGUAACGCUAGCGUUGCUGUGUUCUUGCCCGCAAAAAUAAAAUCCACUCCACAGUC